GUUCAGCAUCAAACAGUUCCCAGCAUUUGUAAUUUGGCCCUUCGUUUCGAUGCUCUUAAACCUCAGACGACUGGCCACAUUUCAUCUUAGGGUUCCGAUUCUCUAUCCUCCUACCAGACUUCUCUCAACCCUCCCUCUUUCUCUCUCUUCUUCACCAGACGACACAACCUUAGACCCAAACCCCCUUAUCAAACCACUCACCAACCCAGAACUCAAAGCUCUAAUCUUCACCCAAUACCGCCAAGGCAAGUUCUAUAACCUCGUACAAAACGUCAUCGCUUCACCCUCCGUUCUUCUCACUGCCUGCCAGAACCUUACUACCGCUCCUCACAGCAAUGCCCCCAACUCGCUUGAGUCACUCACUCUCUCUUCUGUGUCGACCCAUUUCUUCUCUAUCCAAGAAUUGGCAGAUGAACUCCGCAAAAACCGGUUUGAUGUGGAGUCGUGUUGCGUCUCGGUGCCGCCGCCUCCGAGGAAGAAAGGUGAGUCUUUUGUUCUUCCCAAUUUGAAGCUCAAAGUUGUGAUUGAAGCUAUUAGAAUGGUUUUAGAGGUUGUAUAUGAUGAUCGAUUAGCCACGUUUGCUUAUGGUGGUCGUGUUGGUAUGGGCCGCCACACUGCCAUUCGGUACCUAAAGAACUCCGUAGAGAACCCCAGUUGGUGGUUUACUGUUUCAUUUGAUCCUGAAUUGUUUGAUUUUAAGCAUGUUGAUAAGUUAUGUUUAAUUGUUGAGGAUAAAAUUAAAGAUGAACUAUUGAUUAAUAUCAUAAAGAGGUUGUUUAAAUCCCAGGCCGUAAGAAUUCAAUUGGGUGGAUGUUAUUUGGGAAGGGGGUUUCCUCAAGAGAGUAGUUUGAGCUCAAUUUUGAUUAAUAUUUACUUAAAUAGGUUUGAUAAAGAAAUUCAAGAAUUACGUCUUCAAAUGAAUCGAGAAAAUCCCAAAUUCGAUUCUAGUGAGAUUGUUUCAUCAUCGGGCAAUGCCUUUUAUAAGCCCUUGAAGAUGUAUGCAGUCCGUUACUUCGAUGAGAUACUAGUGAUCACAUCUGGCUCGAAAAUGUUGACCAUGGAUUUGAAGAAACGGGUUUUGAAAAUUUUGGUAACAGAUUUGGAGUUGAAGGUAGAUAGAGUGAGAACAGCUAUUCACAGUGCAGUUUCAGAGAAGAUUGAUUUUUUAGGGAUGGAACUCCGGGCUGUUACACCUUCAGUUCUGCAUCCGCCUAUGUCGCAGAAAGCAAUUAGGGCAAGAAAAAAAUACCUCAGACAGAAAGAAGUUAGAGCUAUAGAACUGCGAAAUGCUAGGGAAACUAAUAGGAAGAAGCUGGGGAUGAAGGUAAUGAGUAAUGUUUUCAAAAAGUUGAAACGGGGUGAUGGGUUCAAAUUUGACCUCCAGAUUGAGAAAGAGGUUAGAGAAAUUUUUAGAACUUGGGCUGAUGAAGCAGUCCAAGAGUUUCUUGGUUCUCUAGAAGAGUGUUGGAACUGGCAUCGACACCUUUCUGCAGGUGAUUUUCUCUCUUUGAGAAGGAUUAGAGAUCAACUGCCCCAAGAGCUCGUGGAUGCUUAUGAUAACUUUCAAGAGCAAGUUGACAAGCAUUUGAAGCCAGUGAAAGCUAGAAAGGAAUUGGCGGAAGAAGAGAGGAGAAUUGAAGAAGAAGAGGAACGACGAUAUGCUGAAAGAACGGUUGAGGAUCUGACAAAGCUGUGCAUGAAAGUUGAUGCUCCCAUAGAACUUGUUAGGAAGGCAGUUAAGAUGGCUGGAUUUACAAAUCAUAUGGGUCGUCCUAGGCCGAUCAACUCACUCAUGGCUCUUGAAGAUACUGAUAUUAUCAAGUGGUAUGCAGGUGUAGGGAGAAGAUGGCUUGAUUUCUUCUGCUGCUGCCACAACUUCAAAUCAGUGAAAACUGUUGUAACAUAUCACUUGAGGUUCUCUUGUCUCUUGACCUUAGCUGAAAAGCAUGAGUCUACUAAACGGGAAGCAAUUAGGCAUUACAGUAAGGAUCUGAAAGUUUCUGCUAUGAAUGGAGCCGAAGAAGUAUACUUCCCCACGGAAAAAGAGAUCAAGAUGAUGGGAGACAGUAAUCUUUCGGAUCCGAAACCUGUGGAUGGUGCCUUGACUACGGCUUUGAUCAGAUUGGCAACUAACGAGCCUGCUUACCGAUGCGUUGCUCAUUUCUGUAACAAAACAGAUACUAUUGUUUAUAGGAUCCGGUUACUACAAAGCCACUUGAAUGUGGACCCUUUGGAUGAAAAGAGGUGGGUUUUAGGGAUGGGUGUAAUUCAUGAAAGUUUGAAUAGGAAGUGUCUCCCUCUAUGUGCCGAUCAUAUAAGUGAUUUGUACAUGGGUACCCUUACUCUUCAAGACAUUGAUUGCACUUCAUUUAUGGAUGUGGACUAAAUGGUGCCUAUUGUUCUCCUGAGACUGAGAUUCAAAAGGUUGCUGAUUAUUUGAAGCUGAGGUAAAUCAAUUGUUGUAUAACUUUUUUUUACUCAAAUGAAACUGGGAAAUUGACCUCCAGCGGAUAGCUUUAGUUGUAUCACUUACCACACCAAAGGAGGAGGUUUAAGGCCAAAUUCCCUUGGGACAUACAGAAAGAAAAUGACACUGGGUAAUUUAUUUGUAUAAUCUUUUUGUUAGGUAAGUUUACUAACAGUGGCGGAGGCCUUCACAGGUAACAAACAAUUUGAGCAUGCCAUACUAGUUGAAUGGAGUUGAGCAAGUACCCUAUUAUAUGAAUAAUGAAUUCUCAUUCAAAAGUUAUUAAGAGUGAUAACAUUGAGAAUCUAACCAGGAAUUGAUAAACCUAAAGCCAGUAGUUGCGUGCAUGUGCUCUGAGUGGGUGUGGGGGUAGGGGUGGUCUUUUGUGGUGGUGUGAUCAGUGAAGAUAUAAUAUGAUGGAUGUUCUGUUCUAUUUUUCUGAACCCUUGGAGCUGUGGAUGAAUGUGGUGGAAUGGAAGGUUGAUAUGUUUACAAUUCUUGUGAUGGAGAACAAACUGAAGGCCAUUUCUGCAGUUCCAGUAGUAGCAGCAGAGGGACAGGUUGGCAUGGCACAACAAGGCAUCCGGAAAUUGUUCUGUCAAGGCUGUACAGCUCAUUUUUGGAAGAUUGAGUUCUUUCCUAGCAGAGGUACUGCAUUGUAUUUUGCCCCUACAUCCUCCUCGAAAACAGAAUUUGUCUCUCAUGCUUGCUCAGACAUUCCCACCACAGGUAAUCUACAAAAGCGUUAAUGUUCUAUACACUAUUUGCAAAUAUACAGAAUCUGCGGAACAUUUGGUGUUCAGGUGCAAUUGGAUCACAGUGGCUCUGUUUGUAGCAGUCUCAAAUACAAAUUUGAUUUGAGAGGGCUUUCAACCCUCCUUUUAAAUCUUGAUGCUCUGCUGUUAUUAGCGUCGUUUUUUCCCUGUCAACAAAGCCUUACUUUAGGGUUGGGAUUUUCUUUUUCAUUUCUUGAAGAUUCUGAAAGUUGGAGUGCUUGUUACAUCAGCUGAUUCAUCUGCAAAGUGCAGUAUUUAUUAAUAUAUAAAGAUAUGGAUUGUAUGAGUGGAAAUCUUUUUCAAGGUAAAACAGAUGCAUUGUCUUGCUACACAAAGUGCACUUAGUGAAAAUACUUUCGUAACUUCUUUUGUUCGAUUCUUAUGCGGAGUCUGGGUAUUUGAUGACAUUGGCUCAAUUGUUCAGAGAAGUCCCUUGUACAAACAAUAUGACCUGUAGUCCUAUGAUGCCAGGUUCAUUUGGAAUGGGUGCUUUAAAGAGGCCACCGAAGGUGAGAGAUUUAAGGAUAUGUAUUGUGGUGAUAAAAUUUUAUCACCUUCUCGGAAUGGAGUUGAAUUUGUUCUUCUUUCUCAGUUA